UGUUUUAGACUGAAUUUUCACCUGAUCAAGUUGAAGAGCUCAAAGAGGCUUUCUCGCUGUUUGACAGGACUCCUACAGGGGAGAUGAAGAUCACAUAUGCACAGUGUGGAGAUGUGAUGAGGGCCCUCGGCCAGAAUCCAACAAAUGCUGAAGUCCUAAAUGUACUGGGGAAGCCAAAACCAGAGGAGAUGAACAGCCAACUGGUGGACUUUGACUCCUUCUUGCCCAUGUUCCAGCAGGUGUCCAAGGUUACAGACAGGGGCACAACAGAGGAUUUUGUGGAGGGCUUACGUGUCUUUGACAAGGAUGGAAAUGGCACCGUCAUGGGAGCUGAGCUCCGUCACGUACUAUCCACAUUAGGGGAGAAGAUGUCAGAGGACGAAGUGGACAAGCUGCUUGCAGGUCAAGAGGACACCAACGGCUGCAUCAACUAUGAAGCAUUUAUCAACUAUAUAAUGGCUGGUUGAUCCGUGAUACACUUGGAUCUCUCUAAACUGUUGAACCACAUUGAGAUGAAAUGGAACUUGAUGCAUAGCUGUGAGACACAAGGGGAACUCAUCUGUCCCAGCCAGUUGGCUCUUUCUUUGUACCUUUUCCAUGUACCCAUUCCCAUUUGUAUUGUGCAUCUGACUUUGAUGAAUGAAAAUACAUAAUUGAAAUACA